UCACAGAGAAAGCAGUGGGGACACAAAGCGGGUGUGGAUGUUGAGAAGUGUUGCAUUGACUCCGAAUGUGUGUUUGCGUGCGUGCGUGUGUGUGUGUGUGCGUGUGCGUGUGUGUGCGCUGAGUAAAUCAGUUGGGCAGACUGGUAAUGGAAUGGUCGGUCUGUUGUGGACUGGUCAUGGACUGGUUUAAUCCAAACACUGGUGCUAAUAUCUGCUGAAGAUGAGUAGUGGGGGAGGGCACCCCACCCUGGAGCUCGCCAGAGGGGGGGAGUCCCAGAAGAGAAAAGACUGUCCGUCAGACCAGCUGGAACCCAGCCCCAAGAGGAGCACGGAGAGGAGGAACCGGGAGCAGGAGAACAAGUACAUCGAGGAGCUGGCCGAGCUGAUCUUUGCCAACAUCAACGACAUGGACGACCUGAACGUAAAGCCCGACAAGUGUGCCAUCCUCAAGGAGACGGUGAAGCAGAUCAGGCAGAUCAAAGAGCAAGAAAAAGCUUUAGUGACCGACACAGAGGAGGUGCAAAAGGCAGACAUCUCGUCAACGGGGCAUGGCGUCAUUGAUAAAGACACUCUCGGGCCUAUGAUGCUGGAGGCACUAGAUGGCUUCUUCUUUGUGGUCAACAUGGAGGGCAACAUCGUGUUUGUUUCGGAGAACGUCAGCCAGUAUCUGCUCUACCAGCAAGAGGAACUGAUAAACACCAGCGUGUACAGUGUGCUGCAUGUUGGUGAUCACACGGAGUUCAUCAAGAAUCUGUUGCCCAAAAGCCUUGUCAAUCAACAUAGCGGUGAUUCGUUGCGCAGGAACAGCCACACCUUCACCUGUCGUAUGCUCGUCAACCCGCACAUGGAAGGUGACGGGCGGCAAGUGUCCGAACAGCAGGAAGCGUCCCAGCAGAAGUAUGAGACCAUGCAGUGUUUCGCAGUCUCCGAGCCCAAGUCUAUGAGGGAGGAGGGGGAAGAUCUGCAGUCCUGUCUCAUCUGCGUGGCCAGAAGAGUUCCCGUGAAGGAAAGAGCUGCCAUGUCCUCAUACGAGAGCUUCACAACGCGCCAGGAUCUUCAAGGUAAGAUCACAUCUUUGGACACUAGCCUGCUGCGAGCCUCCAUGAAGCUGGGCUGGGAGGACCUGGUGCGCCGCUGCAUCCAGCGGUUCCACCUGCAGAAUGACGGCGACAUAUCCUUUGCUAAGAGACACCAGCAAGAAGUGUUGAGGAAUGGUCAGGCGCUCAGCCCCCUGUACCGCUUCUCCCUGUCGGACGGCGCCAUAGUGUCUGCUCACACCAAAAGCAAACUGGUCAGGUCACCGGCCACCACCGAGCCGCAAUUCUACUUGUCGCUGCACAUCCUAAAGAGGGAGAACAUGAGCGCCAUGCCUCUGGAUGUGACAGCCUGCCUGGGCGGGGCCAAGUCCGUCGCUAUGAGCAGCGCCUCCCCAGACGCCACGGUCACCAGCAAUCACUUCACCACGUCUGCAUGCGGCUUUGGCCAAGCCCCCACGCCGCAGGGAAACGGCCACAUGCUCAAGCUGGGCAGCCCCUCAACCCCGCAGGGAAGCCCCAGUGUCACAUCCGGGGCCCAAGGGGCCAUUUUAUCCCCUCGCCAUCACCACAGCCCCAAUAUGGUGGCUAGCAGCAGCAGCGCGAGCAGCCCCCACCUCUCCCACCGCCCUUCCGGUUCUUUCUCACCUGUUAGUGGACUCCACUCACCAGCAUCUGUCGGCAGCAGCACAACAAACACCCACGGCUUCAGCAGCAACCCGCUUGGUGCAUCGCAGGCCCUCGGCCAGGCCCACAGGGCAUCACAGGGCCAGCAUCCCGACUCCCCUGACAGCAAAGCUCUUGCCCUGCUCAGCCCUCUUUCGAGCAGUCAAGAUAAGGACAAUCUCAGUUUAGAGGCAGACUUGCUCGGAACGUUUGGGGAGCAUCAGGACUUGUUGUCGUUUCAAAACAAGGAGGACGAGCUGGAAAAAGAUGAGGACCCCGAUGACUUUGACGACCUGCAUGAACUGGGCGACACCACAGACCGCCUUCUGAACAACAAAGGUCGCACCCAGUUGCUCCAACUCCUCACCACCAAGUUGGAACCCCCAGAUCCCUGCUCGUCUCCCCUGGGGGAGCAGAACUGUAAAGAGCUGGCUGGCUUAGGUGGGGGACCCAAUAACCACUCCACCUCCCUUAAGGAAAAACAUAAAAUUCUUCACAGGCUGCUGCAAAACAGCAGCUCACCCGUGGAACUGGCCAAGCUGACGGCCGAGGCCACUGGGAAAGAACCCACCGGCCCUGAGUCCGCCGUAGAUGACAACAUGGCCGUCAUGGGCGAGCUGGGCAUCAAACAGGAUCCGGAGAGCCCUAAAAAGAAGGAUAACGUGUUGCUCCGCUACCUGCUUGAUCGCGACGAUAACGGCAUCUUGGAUAAAGCAAUCAAGAUAGAGACUGCCGACGGUCCGAAGCUGUCCAACAUCAAGACAGAGAAACUGGACGCAGGGUACAACAUGGCCGACCAGACCAGCGAGCUAGAAGACCUUCUCGAGGGGCUUCAGGGCGGUGGCCAGCAGCUGUUCCCCCGGCAGCCUCCUUGUAGAGGCCCGACCGCUGCUUCAGCCACCUCUUCCUCUGUGGCCCCCGGCUUCUCCAUGGACAAGCAGAGCAUCAUUGGCGACAUCCUGCAGAUGAUGGACAGUGGCCACGGCAGCCCACCGCCCCAGCAUCGCGCCUUCCCUGGCCAACCAGCUCGAGUUACUUCUGCGAGAAGCACGUCUCUUGAUGGUGCUACGGGUCCUGGUCCUGCCAGGCCUCUCCCCCCACAGCAAAGGAAUACCAACCCCUAUCCGUUACUACAGCAGCAGCAAGGCAUGCUGGGAAACUGUUCAGGCACAGCUACCAACCCAAAUGUACGGGGCCCCAUGCAGCAUGACUGGGUUCCCCAGGGGUCCACAGGAGCCACCCCAGCACCAGUCAUGGUCCAAUGUGUCAGACCAGUCCGUAUGGUCCCAAACAUGAACAGUGCUGUGCCAGCUCGAAGUGCUGGUGUGCCCGCGUCCAGAUCUGGGGUCAACAUGCAGAUGAUGGGCAGCGAGAUAGAGAUGGAUAACUCGGCCUACCCUCAGCAGCACACACCGUCCAAUCAGACGGCUGCUUGGCCUGACAGGAUGACGAUGAUGGAUCACUAUGGAAACCAAAGCAGGUCGUCAUACAACGUUUUUCAGGAGGACAGGAUGGGCUGCUGCGGGGCGGGGCCAGAGGGUCCAGCGGAUGAAGGAACCCUCCUGAACCAGCUGUGCUCAGUGCUGAAGGACUAUGAGGGACUGGAAGAACUUGACAAGAUGUUAGGUAUCCCCACACUGGCUGGACAGGGUCCUAUGUCAGACCAGGACCAGUUCUUCAACUCCACCAUAAAGCCUCCCCUGUACAGUCAACACUACGCGGCUCAGUCGGGCUAUGGAGGAAUGUCUCCUGACAGCUCCUACCUCUGCCCUUCUAUGGGCGGCCACAUGGGGCAGCAGAGAGUCUGCGGCUACCCACCAAUGAUGAGGAUGCCUGGGGGUGCCGGGCCCAGAUCAGCCGGCAUGAAACCCGGUGGGCCAAACCCUAUAGUGCCACCGCAGCCCAACAACUUGAGGCUGCAGCUGCAGCACAGACUGCAGGCCCAGCUGAACCGCCAGCCCAUGGGAAACCAAAUGGGUGGCGGGUCCAGCAUGAAUCUACCUCUCAGGUCCAACGUUCCAAACCAGGGAUCGUUCAACGCUCAGAUGUUGGCUCAGCGUCACCGCGAGUACCUCAGCAACCACCUGCGCCAACGCCAGCAGCAGCAGCAGCAGCAGCAGCAGCAGCAUGCGCACCAGCAGCGUGCCAUGAUGGCCGUCAACAUGGCCGCCACCAGUUCACGUGUGUCUCAAAGCAACGAGCAACAGUUUUCCUACCCGGCCCCCAGUUAUGGCAUGAGUCAGCAACACCAGGAUAUGGCGUCGGGCUUCUCGUGUGCGUCUGGGACCCCUCACGGUACCAUGUUGUCCCCCAGGAUGACGCAGGCCCAGAGUGCAAUGCUACAGCAGAACCAGACCCAAAUGCAGGGAGGGCCGCAGGGCUACCCAAGCAAUGGCGGUAACGACCUCAACGGAUGGAUUCAAUCUGCUAACACGAGCAACAGCAUGUACCAACAACAAAGUCAGUACUCCUCACAAACCACUGGAGGCAUGUACAACAUGACCCAUAGAGGAGGCAACAUGAACCACAUGCCAGGUCACAUCCCUACCAUGUCGUCUGAGCAGGUGAGCGACAACAGACUGAUCCAGGAUCAGCUGGGAGGAAUGGACGUGCUGACUCAGGAGGCCAACGUCAAUUCUAACUUUUGCUGACUCUGGACACAAAAUGCUGCUUAGUUUGACAUCCACGAAAGGUGCAAAGGUUGUCCCAACCAAAAUACUUCGUAAAAAGCUGAUUCCCUUUAAAUGCACAAAGUGUCCCUAAAGUCUGGACAUAUAAUGUAGAUAAGUCAUCCAAAAAAUUACCAUUUAGUUAAUUUAAAAUGUAAUUGGUAAUUACCAGUAAUUGCAAUUAAAAUAAAAUGUAGUGAAAUAUACUUGACAAAAAUACAUGAUACGCAUUUAUGUUAUAUUUUUUAUAUCAUAUUUUUUACAUUUCAACAAAUGUUGAAAAAAAUAUGAUUGCAUAUAAAUGCUUAAUAAAAUAUAUAUGUAUGUAUAUGUUUGUAUAUAUAUGUUUGUAUAUAUAUAUAUGUGUGUGUAUGUAUGUAUAUAUAUAUGUAUACAUACACACACACAUUAAAAAGAUUUAUUCAUACUAUUAUUUAUUCAGAUAUGAUUUAUAUAACUAAAGUAAAAAUAAUAUAAUUAUAAAUAUUUAUUCAAUUUCUGGCCCUGCGAUGAGGUGGCGACUUGUCCAUGGUGUACCCUGCCUUCCGCCCGAUUGUAGCUGAGAUAGGCGCCAGCGCCCCCCGCGACCCCGAAAGGGAAUAAGCGGUAGAAAAUGGAUGGAUGGAUGGAUAUUCAAUUUCUUAAUACAUUAAAAAAAUAAAAACUUGUCUAUUUGUUUGUAUUGUAUAAUAAUAAUAAUAAUAAUGGAUUAGACUUAUAUUCCGCUUUUCUACAUAUAUUAUAUGUUCAUAAUUUUACAUUACAUGAUUAAAAAUGAUAACACAUUUAAUAUUUUGUUUAUUUAGAUGCAUUAACAAAUAGAUACUUGUAUAUUAAAUGCUUGUAUGUCCAGACUUUAGUAACAAACACACAACUUUGUCUAGUUCCUUUUCUGAUGGCGUUGAAGAAAUGAAAAACCUCUAAAUCUUUUAUUAUUAUUCAUUCAAAUUAGAUUUUACAAUGGUUGUUGUUUUGUUUUCAAAUUUUAUUUUUGAGGCUCUCACACGCCCAUGAGUAUCCGACAAAAACUUUGAAGCUAUUUAUAAGAUUUAAGUAGAUGAAAAUGUAUCUUGUAUACUAAUUUUAAAAAUAGAAUUAAUAUAUUUCAGGUGCUGUAGUUUUUGACA